AUGUAGUAUAAGGUAAAUUUACAACUGACAACUGACAAUGGAUGAAAGGACAAUCCCAGGAGACGUGCCGCCUGCCCGACAGAAUUAUUCUAAUAAAGAACGCUCCAAAUGGCGCGUAGAGGCCGGCCAAUGUAUUUCGGACACUGUGGAUGCAGGAUUUGACGUCAAUGAAGACGAUGACAUCUACGACAUGCGUCAAAAGGAAAUGAGAAUUUUUCUUGUAUUCAGUCACGAGGUAUUUGACUCCGACUUAGGACUUCCUAAACGCGAAGGAACAGUUACUGACGAAGAAGGUUUAGAAAAGGUCUUCGGGCAAAUUGGAUUUAAGGUUAUAAUAAAGAAAAAUCUUCAUAGAGAAGAAAUUACGAAAACCAUUGAUGAAUAUGUGAAGUAUGAUCACUCACGUAAUGGAAGUUUUGCGUGUGCGGUUUUGUCACACGGUAAAAAAGAAGGAUUCGUCUACGCUUAUGAUUAUGCAUAUACCGUUAAAUCACUCUAUGAACCAUUUCGAGAUUGCAUGUCAUUAGUUGGAAAACCAAAGCUUUUCUUUGUACAGGCAUGUCGGGGUACAAAACUUCAAGACGGCAAUAGAAAAGAUACCGCAGACACUGGGCCUGACGGCGUAAUGACAAUUCCACGGGAAGCUGAUUUUUUGAUCGCAUAUUCCACGAUAGAAGGUUACUAUUCAUGGAGGAACCCAAUGACUGGUUCAUGGUUUAUUCAAAGCUUGAUUAAGUGCGUGGAAAAUUUUUCACACAAAUGGGAUUUGUUGAAAAUCCUCACUCGCGUAAACAAAGAAGUGUGUUGCAAAGAAUCCAAUCCUGACCUAUACGAAAUGAAAGGCAAAAAGCAAUGUCCUUCGAUUGUUUGUCAACUGACUGCCCAACUCUAUUUCAAGGCAAAGAACGAUGAUGUUACCGACGCUAAAAUUCCAGUGCAGGCUUCAGAGAUUCCAUCAUCAAUUAGAUCAGCAGCUAGUUCCGGACUGACCAUGAAGGUUCAAGUUACAGAUGAUAAUGUUUUUUCGGAAAUGGUGUAUUACCGAUUAAAGCUGGAAUCUCUCGAAAUUAAGGAAAAGCUCAUAGCAAUGAAGAGAAAUCUCUUCCAAGAAAAAAUACAGAAAGCUAGUUACGAAUAA